ACCACUAUCAAACGCUAGUUAAACCACUUCGCCUCGUUACGAUUGGACACGGUUGACACACCUGUAUAUUUAUAUUUAUUUUAAGUGACAUUCCAAACUGUAUAUAUCUGCACACAGUAUAGCCUCACAGACAGUACAUUGAUCGAGAGCCAAGCUGGUGAGAUUUAUACAGAAAGCACAAAUAGUAAAACAUGUCUGCUUUAGAAAUACUGAAAGGAAAUGUCACAAGUAAACAAGGAGUUGUUCUUGAUUUGUCUUCUUUUGAUUUUGUAGGUCUGUAUUUUUCUGCGCACUGGUGUCCACCAUGUCGCGGAUUUACUCCUCAACUGGUUGAUUUCUACAACAAGUGUGCAGAUGAAAAGUUCAUGAUCGUCUUUAUCAGUUCUGACAGAGACGAGGCGUCAUUUAAGGAGUAUUAUAAAGAAAUGCCAUGGUCAGCACUGAAGUUUGAAGACAGAGCCAACAAGGAAAAGUUGUCAGGGAUGUUUGGUGUUGAAGGCAUACCAACCUUUAUCGUGCUGGACGCCAAAUCGGGAGAGGUGAAGGCGAAGGAUGGACGAGAGGUAGUCAUGAAGAAGAUAGAUAAAAAAGACUUCUCUGCAAAGUCUUGGUGUAUUUAUUUCUCGGCCCAUUGGUGUCCGCCGUGUAGAGGUUUCACACCAACCCUGGCAGAUUUCUACAAGGAAGCGAAAGAUGAGAAGUUCCAAAUCGUGUUCGUCAGUUUCGACAGAGACGAGACAUCCUUCAAUACCUAUUUCAAAGAAAUGCCAUGGCUGGCGCUUAAGUUUGGUGACGACACUGAAGAUAUUAAGAAAUCUCUAGCAGACACGUUCAAGGUCAGUGGUAUCCCGAUGUUGGUGAUUCUGGAUAAGGAUGGGAACGUAAAGGAGAAGAAUGCUCGUUCGACCGUCGAAGCGAACAAAGACAAUCCAGCAAAAUGCAUUGCAGAUUGGAGGAAAUAGAGGCAUCACCAUAUCCACAUUGUUACUUAAAAUUGUAUUUUUUUCCUUAACAUUUAAGGUUUCUAAAGACUGCAUGCAUGAUUGGUUAUUAAUAAUACAAUUACAGUAUUUGCGCAGUAUUCAUGAAGUAUUUGGGUUUGUUUUUAUUCAGUUUAGAAAUGAAGAUUUUCUCGUGUGGCUAUACUUAUUUGGGAAGAUAUUAUCAUAUUGUUAAUCAAUCGAUUCAAUAAUACAUUAAGGAAGUCAGUCAAAACAAACAGAGAAGAGAUAUGUGAAUAGGACAAGAACAAUGUAUCCUCAUUGCAAUAUUGUCAAUAAUCGUCAUCAUACUAUUGCUAUUGAGAUUCAGUUAAGGUCUAUGUAUUGCAUUUCAUGAUUCACUUUUUUCCUUAAGGGUAAAGUUUUGUCUUAGGGCCUAAUAAAAAAAUACAUUUGGUUCGGGUAACCCGACCCUACCUACGGAAUAGGCGCCGACCCUACCGAUUUUAUAGUCAGUUUGAAAAAAAAUGAAAAAAUAAUAAAAAAAUAAAUAAAUAUUUUUUUUAUUAUUUUUCAAUAUCUAGUUUAAAACCUUAAAUGCUUGUACAGAAGAUAACUUUUAACACCAUCCCGCUGCUAGGAUAAAAAAUGACAUUCUUAUAUAAACUUAAUAAAAAAAGCCUACCUACCCUACCUAUUUUUGAAAAGGAUGUUACCCUAACCAAACAAUUUUUUUCUAGGCCUAAUAAAUAAUACCAUUUCACUUCUUAAUACUAUAAACUGAUAUUGAUAUGACAUUGUAUCACCUGUUUGUGAUGUGUUUCGUAAAUUAUUUUUGUUCAAUUUUAUUUUAGUGAAAUUUUCUCUGUUACCAUAUCAUACAUAUGUUAUCAUAUUAUUGGCAAUAAAAUAUAUGCUUUGUU